UGCCGUGAUCUAUCAGUCACCUACUUCAAAUAUUACUGUUUAAUAACUUUGCUUAGAGAGCUCUUAUUACGGCAAGACUUUGCACAACAACACCUCUUUAGCUCAAGACCCUCAAGGAUUGUCGUUAUUGAGACACCUCUAUUUAUAUCCGUUUAUUUUUUGUAUUAAUUCAUAUACCUUUCAUGAUUCUUUAGGAUUUCAAUCUUUAACUAAAUCCAUCAAUCACAAUUAGAAAUGCAAAAUCAAAACAAGGACAAUCCAAUACAGAGUUCUAAUAUUUCAAGCAUUUUCCCGAGAUUGCAAUCACCCCAAUUAUUUCUUCCACAUCCUCACUUUCCUUAUCCUUAUCAAUCUAUUUUCUUUCGUCCGUUUGUUCUUCAAAGGUCUUUGGUGCCACAAAUGAAUUUAUUUUUACCUCCUCUUCCUUUCAUCCGAUUUCGCCCGAUCACUAUCCCAGAAAAAGAGAAAAAGCUGAUAAGUAAAUUGAGCAUUGAGUCAAUAAUAAGUUCUUCAAAAGUUGAAACUAGAAAUAAUGCUGGAGAAAAUAGAGGUAAUUUAAAAAGAAUUAUGAAAAAUUUAAAUGUUAUCAGACCUUGCAUCAAGUAA